AUGGACCGAUCCCCUGAGCCCUCAGCUAGCGGUUGCACCAGUCGAAGUCAACCUCCACAAAUGCAUAAUACCUCGCCCUCAGGACAGCCGAGCAAAAAAGGUUCUGGUAAAGUACAUUACUACCAAUGUGCGCAUUGUGACAAGGCUUUCUUGUACAGGUCCAAACUACUUCUUCACGAAAUAACCCAUAGUGGGGAAAGACCGUACAAGUGUCCCAAUUGCGACAAGACCUAUAAGAGGGAAUCAGAACUUGUGGUUCAUCAGCGGGUUCAUACUGGGGAAAGACCUUUUCGUUGUUUAAAAUGCGAGAAGGCGUUCAAAACCAAAUCAGAGCUUGUUGUUCACGAUAGGUUUCACACUGGUGAAAGGCCGUAUAAAUGUCUCCACUGUGACAAGUCUUUCAGAACAGCGUCGGAGCUUGGUUUGCACAACAAGGUUACCUCGGGUCAGAGGCCCUUUCGAUGUCCUAAGUGCGACAGGGGCUUUUUUCGGCAGGCCGAUCUCACCAUCCAUGAGCGAAACAACUGCAAAGAGAGACCCUACAAAUGCAGCCAGUGCGAAAGAAGCUUCAAGACCCCGUCUGAACAGGAAAAACACGAGAAAAAUCAUUCUGUCGUCGAGCCCAUUAAGUGCACAGUUUGUGAUAAGUCGUUCAAAACGAAACAACACCUUGAAACCCACUCAAAAAUUCACUCUGUUUCAAAGCCUUUCGAUUGUUCAUCAUGUUCAAUGUCGUUUAGGACCUCAGCGGAAUUGACAGCUCACACCGACACUCACGGAGGUAAAAAACUUUACAAAUGUUCGCAGUGUGAUAAGUCUUUUGCCUUCAAGUCCAAGCUCUUCCAGCAUUGGGUGAUUCACACGGGGGAAAGACCAUACAAGUGUGUCCAGUGUAACAAAUCUUACGGUAGGAAGUCCGAACUUGUGGUACAUCAAAGAAUACACACUGGAGAAAAGCCCUUCAAGUGCACUAGUUGCGAAAAGUGCUUCAAGACCACAUCAGAGCUGGUUGUUCACUGCAGGACCCACACUGGUGAGAAACCGUAUAAGUGCACCCAUUGUACCAAGCAGUUCAAGACUGCAUCUGAACUUGGCGUCCAUAGAAGGAGUCAUAUUGGUGACAGACCUUUUUCUUGCUCUAAAUGUGAAAUGUCUUUCAAACGAAUGGCUGACCUGACAACUCAUAAGAAAUUCCAUCUGAUCGACCUGCCCCACAAGUGCCACCUCUGUGUGAUGGCUUUUGGUACCUCGUCUGAACUUGCUAUUCAUGAAAAACUUCACAGUUCCCUCCUUCGUAAUGGCGCGAACCACACUGCUGCGUUGCCUGGUUCAGGGGCUCAUAAAGAACAAGUGGCUCUAAGUAACGGACAGCCUUCAGCGCAAGGCGGUAUUUCUGACCAGACAUUGAAUUUAGGACAAGGGCUUAAGAUGGCACAGAUUGCCAUUACCAACGAUAAAGUGGCCUCCGCCGAAGACAGUGGAAAAUUGAACAGCGCCGAACCCGAUCUUGAUAUGGAUAAGCUAAUGAAGAUUGUUAACAAACCCUUCAAAUGUAGCCAGUGUGGAAUAGCUUUUGUCUCCACCACAGAACUGGCUGGACACGUGAGAAUCCACACCGGUCAAAGGCCAUUUAAGUGCACGCAGUGUGAAAAUUGCUACAGAACACAGUCAACGCUUGCUGUUCAUAUGAAAAGCCACGCCAAGGAAAAACGAUAUAAAUGUUCAUAUUGUGAAGUGACAUCCCCCACACUCUCAAAACUUUACGAUCAUUAUAUUCUUCAUCAGAACGAUCACACCCUUGAACGUCCUCGGGGUGGCGCAGAAGAACCGAUGAUCGUAGACGAUGACGAAAUGUUACCAUUUAGGUGCUGGGUGUGCCAGAGACGUUUUGCUGAACAAAUGGAUCUGGAUCUUCACAUCAGUUCGCAUAGAGACAGAAGUAGCACUCUGGAAUCGUGUGUUAAGAGGUUAAAAAGCGCCAUCACGGCAAAGUAA